GAGGGAGAGGGAGAGGAGGAGGGAAGGGGGGCGAGGAGAAGGCAGCUGAGAUGACGGUGUUCCGAGUGCUGGUGAAGAGGGGGAAUAAGCAGCAGGCCCGCGAGCUGAUGGUGCCCAGCGACAGUGCGAUUGCAGUAGCAACAAGGCGCAAGGAGGAGGAGGAGGAGCGGGAGAGGCAGGACAUCAAGAGACGGGUGCUGGAGUACAAUGACAGGGCUGAGGAUGACAGGCCGUUCGCGCCUGUGCCUGGCGCUGGGGUUCUGGGAGCAGGGGCAGCAGCAGGUGGUGGAGUGGGAGGGCCAGGGGGGGGCGUUCAGCCUAUCGUGCUGGUGAGGGCCAGGGAUCAGCAGGGGGGCCACGGAGGGGGGGUGGAGAGGGAGAGGGAGAGGGAGAGAGAGCGGCCUGGGCGGAACAACUUGGGGGUGGUGGAUGGGUCACUGUCGGACUUCUCUAGCAACAGCCAGGCGAGGUUGAACCGGAGGAGGAGGUGAGGGAGGAGGGGGAUCCCAGGGGCUCGCAGAGGACUCGAGGCCGGAUCAGCAGGACAGGACAGCUGGGUCCAGUUUGCUGUUAUUUUCUCUCCCAAUGUUCUUUCCAGCGUUUUUUCCAUUUGUUAGCUUUUGCAUGAUGUUUUCUGAGUAAUGCGGUUGCCACAUAGGCAUGGACAUGGGCAUGCGGUUGCCAGCUGUUUCUGGUUUGAAGCCUAGGAGGAUUCGUCUCAGAAUGCCUUGAGCAUGUGGACAUGUGGGCAGCAGCAGCAGCAGCAGCAGCAGCAAGCAUGCACCCUGGAGCAGCGGGCAGGUGGGGCAGGAGCAGCGCAGGUGGGAAGGGUGAGUCAGAGGAGCAAGGGGGAGCAGUAGACGCGCAAAGCAGCAGACGGCGUCGCCACUGCAGCUACUCCUGCGCAGCAUGCCCGGGACUGGCCCUUGCCCCCUGGUGUGGGGCGUGUUGCAUCGUGCCUAAGAGCCCGUGCUGCAUUGAAGUGAUCUCUCUGCGCUCGCCUCAGUUGCCCCCAGGUCAAGCGGCUGUUGUGCAGGCCCCCCUGGUUCUCGUGGCAUGUGCAAGAAAAGCCUGGGGCAAACGUGACAGGUGCAGGAGGUAGGGCAAGCGGCAAAGGACGAGUGGUGGAGCAACGGUGGAUGCGUGCAUCUAGGCAGCCCCGGGGGGGAAGGCCGCGUGCAGGGGUGAACCUCAAGGCUCAGGGGUGGGGCGGCUGGGAGGUUAAGGUUAACCAGGUGGGUGCUUGGUGAGAUAGUGAGUCGGUUGUGUGGACAGGCUGAGAUGGAUAUUGAAAGAGAGGAGAGAGAGGUGUGGUGGAGAGUGAGCGAGGUGACGAAUGAGGGAGGCCGGAUCUGGAGAUGGGAGUAGGGUGGGGAAACAGCAGGGGGAGUCAAGAAUGUACUUGGGGGGAAAGGGGGCGGGCGGGGAAGCAGCAGGGAGAGCUGAGAGGAUUCUCGGUGAGGACAGCAGGAGGGGGGGAGCACCGGGCUGGGCGGCAAACAGAGGGGUGACGAAAAGAUGGGCGAUAGUGGAUGGGAUGGGGAGUCAGAGGUGUGGAGCAGGUACUACUUGAUUGUUUCGAGGGUUUGGCAGUUGGCGGUGAGACUAGGUGGUAGUAAUGGUUGAGGUACCUGCGGGGUCACGACGAAGCCCAGUGGUGACAAGCCUGGAGUUGUGUUGUGAUGCUGGCUUCAGGCCGGUGCACGGUUGUUGGUAGCAGCCGCAGAGAUGGCAUAACACAUUGUGCAAGGGAUUUCACCAGCUCCUAAAAUUGGUUCUAGUCCCUUGUGUAACUUUCUGGAGGUGAAUUGAUAUUCAAUGUGCCAAUAUUGAAGGGAGACUUAUUGGCAUGUCAUGCUUAUCAGGUUGCUGGAGAUGAGGUGUACCAGCCUAAGGCAGGUGUUGGGAGGCCAGCAUUGUUGGUCCACUUCAGGCCUCCUCCGUGCUGUCAUCUGAUGCUCUUAUGGAAUGUAACCCACAAGCCAGC